CAGGAGGAGUCGGUGGCCACCUUCAAAGGCAAUGAGUUCUUCAGUUACAACCUUUCCCAGACUCCCAUUCAGAGUAGUUUGGAUGAGAUCACGCUGUCCUUCCGGACCCUUCAGAAGAAUGGCCUGCUGCUUCACACAGGGAAGUCAGCUGAUUACGUCAACCUCUCGUUGAGGAAUGGAGCGCUGUGGCUGGUCAUCAACCUGGGUUCUGGUGCUUUUGAAGCCCUGGUGGAACCAACCAGUGGAAAAUUUAAUGACAAUGUCUGGCAUGACGUGCGAGUGACACGCAACCUCCGCCAGGUGACAAUCUUGGUGGAUGGGAUUCUCACCACCACCGGCUACACACAGGAGGACUACACCAUGCUGGGCUCUGACGAUCUCUUCUACAUAGGCGGCAGCCUGAACACCGCAGACCUGCCGGGCUCCCCAGUCAGCAACAACUUCAUGGGCUGUCUGAAAGAUGUGGUCUACAAAAAUAAUGAAUUUAGACUGCAGCUGUCACGCCUGGCUGAGCAGCGGGACCCCAGGAUUAGUAUCCAUGGUGAUCUGAUAUUCAGCUGUGAAAAUGUGGAGGCCCUGGAGCCGGUAACCUUUGACACGCCGUCUGCCCACUUGACACUGCCCAGGUGGAACACCAAGAAGACAGGCGCCGUAUCCUUUGACUUCCGCACCACAGAGCCCAGUGGCCUGCUGAUGUUCAGCCACGGCAGCCUGCGGGGUACGCUGCCCGACAGGAAGCCUCGUGCUGACUUCUUUGCCAUAGAGCUGAUGGACGGUUUUCUCUAUCUCGUGAUGGACAUGGGCUCUGGCAGCCUUAAGAUCAAAGCCAGUAACAAGAGGCUAGACGAUGGCGAGUGGUGCCAUGUUGAUUUCCAGAGAAACGGCCGCACCGGCUUUAUUUCUGUGAAUGGCCAGAACGUUCCAUUUACUGCCAAUGAAGGCAGUGAGAUCCUCGACCUGGACGGAGACAUGUAUCUUGGUGGUUUACCCGAAGAUCGCCAAGGCAUUAUUGUACCCCCUGAGGUGUGGUCAGCCUCCCUGGGCCUGGGCUUUGUGGGAUGCGUGAGGGACCUCUUCAUCGAUGGGCAGAGCCGUAACCUGUGGAGGAUGGCGGAGGUUCAGACUGCCACAGGUGUCAGCAGCUUCUGCACCAGAGAAACUCACGUGAGGUGUGCAAGAGACACCUGUGCUAAUGGAGGAUACUGCAGAGAGGGAUGGAACCGUCAUAUCUGUGACUGCAACGGCACUGGCUACCUAGGUCCCAAUUGUGAGAAAGAGGCCACCACGGUGAGCUACGACGGCAGCAUGUAUCUGAAGGUGGUGCUGCCCAGGACGCUGCACACGGAGGCCGAGGAUCUGUCGCUGCGCUUCCUGUCCCAGAGGGCCUUUGGCCUGCUGAUGGCCACCACGUCUCAGCAGUCGGCCGACACUCUGCGUGUAGAGCUAGACGGAGGCAGAGUCAAACUCACUGUGAACUUGGGCAAGGGACCGGAGAUUCUUCUUGUAGGCGAAAAGCUGAAUGACAACGAGUGGCACACAGUUAAAGUGAUGCGACGUGGGAAGAACCUUCAGCUGUCUGUAGACAAUGUGACAGUGGAAGGCCACAUGACCGGCGCCCACACCCGGCUGGAGUUCAACAACAUUGAGACCGGGAUCAUGACAGAGCGCCGCUUCAUCUCAGUGGUGCCUUCCAAUUUCAUUGGCCAUCUGCAGGCACUUUCAUUCAAUGGAUUACUCUACUUAGACCAGUGCAAGAACGGAGACAUCUCCUACUGCGAACUCAAUGCUCGAUUUGGCAUGAAGCACAUUGUUGCCAAUCCUGUAACUUUUCUAACUCAAGCCAGCUACCUGGCCUUUUCCACUUUGCAGGCCUAUGCCUCCAUGCACCUUUUUUUUCAGUUCAAGACCACCAGUCCUGAUGGCCUGAUACUUUACAAUUCUGGAGAUGGUAGUGACUUCAUUGUGGUGGAGCUGGUCAAAGGGUACAUUCAUUAUGUAUUUGACUUGGGAAACGGGCCAUCACUGAUGAAGGGAAACUCAGACAAACCACUGAAUGACAACCAGUGGCACAAUGUGGUGAUUUCCCGUGACAACAGCAAUGUGCACAUCCUCAAGAUUGAUUCCCGUAUUGUCACACAGCAUGCCAACGGAGCACGCAACCUGGAUUUAAAGGGGGAGCUAUACAUUGGAGGGGUUGGGAAGAGCAUGUACAGUGGUCUGCCCAGACUGAUAGCCUCCAGAGAAGGGUACAAGGGAUGCCUGGCAUCUGUGGACCUGAAUGGAAGACUCCCUGAUCUCCUGGUGGAUGCGAUCCACAGGGUGGGGGAUGUGGAGCGUGGCUGCGGAGGUCCCAGCACAACCUGCACAGAGGACUCCUGCCACCAUCAAGGUGUGUGUCUGCAGCUGUGGGAGGGCUUCUCCUGUGACUGCACCAUGACCACCUACGGGGGACCUUUCUGCAGUGAC